CCCCAGCUCAAAAGAUUUGUCGUUACAAGAUGAAGGUUUUGAUAGCAUUGAGCUUGUUGGUAGCUCUCUCAUUGGGUCACCCCAGUGUUGAGCUUAGAGCAGAAUACUAUCCUUCAGCCCCAAGGAAUUUUAGCAUCGAUCCAAAUUUCAGGAUUGUAGGAGGCCAUAAUGCGGAGAGAGGCCAAUUUCCCUAUCAAGCAUCUCUGCAAAUGCGUAGUUCUGCUACUCGGUACUCCCACAUUUGUGGUGGCUCAAUUAUAUCUAAAAACUGGAUCCUCAGUGCAGCCCACUGCACUCAAUCCGCCGCAAGUUCGUACCGAGUAGUAGUUGGAGUUAUUUUGCAAACCGAUCAAAAUAUUCCUGGUCAGCAAAUUAUUGCUGUUCGGCAAAUCAUUAACCAUCCAGGUUACCCAGGUGGCGUUCAAGUAUCUGCUGAUGAUGUUUGUCUAAUUCGCUUAUCAAAGCCGCUGAGCUUCACAGCCAACGUACAACCAAUUGCAAUUCCGCCGCAAGGGGCAAAAUACCAAGGCUCAUCAACUUUAUCUGGCUGGGGACUUACAGUAUCCGGAGGAAAUAUACCGAACCAUCUUCAGUACGCUAUUUUACCAUUGGUUGAAGAAUACAAAUGUGAGAGAAUAUUAAGGGCUCUUCUUGGAAGCAACAGUCCUUUCAGUCCCAAUCUCAACGUUUGCUCUGGAAUCAGGCUUGGAGGUGAAUCUGCAUGCAGUGGUGACAGUGGCGGACCAUUGGAACACAAUGGAAGAGUUGUCGGUAUUGUUUCCUGGGUAUUGAUGCCAUGUGGUGCAUGGGAUGCUCCAUCUGUUUAUGCCAAGACUUCCGCUUACAGCAACUGGAUUGUCCAACAGACUAAAGGAGAAGUUAGGCCUCGAUAAAUAUAAAUAUAGUUAUUUAUUGAUAAUAUGACAAAUGAAAAUAAAAAACAUAAACAUUCAAAAUUACAAAAAAUUAUAAAUUAA